CACAUCCGGUUCUCAGUCAACAAUGAAAGUGAACUGCUGGGGAAAUCAUAAGGGAAUGUGGUAUUUCAUUAUGCAUUCCGUUUUCUUAAGGAGUUGAGAAAAUUGGGUAGGAUUUAGACGUUCCCUGUCUCUGGUCCACACUCCAGUCCAGUUAGAGGCGGUAAUGCACCUUAAAGUUGGUUCCCAACCGCCAUAAAACAUCCACAGAAGAUGAACAACGAAUCCUGUGUUUUGAAAUCUGACGACGCUUCAGUACUGUGACAGCUGUGAAUCGUCUCAUCUCGCUAAGUUAUCUUAUAGGGACAAGUUACAUUAGCUAGUUGUUUUGGCACUUCCCCACAAUGAAGAAGCAGGAUACACAAGCCAUGGCUUCGGCUACUUCAGGUUCUAUUCCCUUCUUCCACAAUGAUUUUUGAGGAUGAGAUGCCAAUGAAAGAAUAUCUCAAGAUGAUGACUGAUAUGAUCGUGUUGUGUGCCACCCUGGCCAUCUCCCUCUUCUUCUGGAUCAUUUCCAUCACAGCCAGCACAUAUUAUGGCACUCUCCAGCCGGUGUCUCCAUGGCGAUGGUUGUUCUCCAUCCUGGUUCCUCUGACUCUCACCACACGGGCCCUGAAGAAGAGGAGUCUGGACCACAGCGGAGCCCUGGGAGCCCUGCUGGUCGGCUUCAUCCUCACCAUGGCCAACAUGAGUUUCUUCUCUGCCCUGCUGGCUUUCUUCAUCACUUCCUCCAAGCUGACACGCUGGAAAGAAGAAGUCAAGAAGCAGCUAGACUCUGACUAUAAAGAAGGUGGUCAGAGGAACUGGGUGCAGGUGUUCUGUAACGGUGGUGUCCCCACAGAGCUGGCCCUGCUAUAUAUGAUCGAGGUGGGUCCAGGGGAGAUGCCGGUGGACUUUGGGAAGCAGUACUCAGCCUCCUGGAUGUGUCUGUCUCUGCUGGGGGCCUUGGCCUGCUCUACGGGGGACACCUGGGCAUCAGAGGUGGGGCCCGUCCUCAGUCAGACCAAACCCAGGCUCAUCACCUCCUGGAGAGAGGUCCCUACAGGGACCAAUGGAGGAGUGACCCCAGUGGGUCUACUGGCUAGCUUCCUGGGGGGCCUGGCAGUGGGCGUGGCUUACUAUAUAUCUCAGAUCCUAUUGGUCCGUGACCUGCACCUGGCUGAUCCCCAGUGGCCAAUCAUAGUCUAUGGAGCCAUGGCUGGCCUAUUGGGGUCCAUGUUGGACUCUGUCCUGGGAGCACACUGGCAGUACUCAGGUUAUGACGAAAGCCUUGGAAAGGUGGUUAACUAUGCGUCUGUGACAACUAAGCGGAUAUGUGGGAAGCCUAUCCUGGACAACAAUGGCGUUAACCUCUUCUCUUCCAUCAUAGUAGCUCUGGUUCUUCCUGGUGUUGCAUGGAGCUUCUGGCCUCACUAGGGAAGGAACUCUUUACGCUUCCCCUGAUUUGUGUUUUGUCCAAAAAAAUUGCAAACAUGUUUUGCUUGUUGUAUUGAAGUCGUGCCACUAAUGUUUUAUACUUUACCUAGUAUGGUGUAGCUUGCUGUCUAAGGAAAUAGAGUUACCAUGCUACAACUCACAACUCUGGGUUUGUCUUUAUGGUAAUACAUUUGUUGGUCUUAGUUUAAUCAUAUAGAUUUCAGUUGUUUACUAAAAUGCAUUAAGUGCAUGGACUAUAGGAGAGUCAUUUUUUUUGUGUUGAUUGAAUGAAUCUUUUGCUAAACUUUUUGUAAUACUCUUGAGGAGGCCUACACCCUACACUAGAGAAGGGGUGAGAGAAGCCUACACUCUACACUAGAGAAGGGAAGGGGUGAGAGAAGCCUACACUAGAGAAGGGAUGGGGUAGGGUUGAGAGAAGGGAAGGGGUGAGAGAAGCCUACACUAGAGAAGGGAUGGGGUAGGGUUGAGAGAAGGGAAGGGGUGAGAGAAGCCUACACUAGAGAAGGGAUGGGGUAGGGGUGAGAGAAAGAAGGGAAAGUGUUAUGUCACCAGCCCCCCAAACAUAACACUGUCCUAUAAUAUCACUAGAUGAACUCCUUUAUGAAUGUGCUUUGUAAUGGUUGCUUUGAUAAAGUGUCGGCAAUCCUGUGGUAAGUGAUUCACUGAUGCUGUAAAGCAAUUAGCAUUGGAAUAAAUACUUGAUGGAU